AUGGCGGCUGCUGAGAGAAUGACCACAAGGGCAGACUGCAUCUACUCCACUGUCGACAGGUUCAGGAAGGGCUAUCUUGGUGGGAAAAGUGGUGACAUUUCCUCUCUACGAAACAAAAAGUGUGCAGAUCAGGGAGGAAAGAGGACACCGAAAAUCCCCUUCAAAGCUCUGGACAACCUUAGCAACCAGCUGGAACAAUCAUCCAUGAUGGCUCACAGAAGGCCAACCUUCGACCCGCAUGGUAAUGAAAACGCCUUGUUGGUGGGAAGCAAGUUUCCUAGAUCACAUGGAAGAAACAUCAAGGAAAAAAUCUCCCAAUGGGAGGGGAAGGACUCCACUCAUACACCCUCUACCUCAGUGUCCCCUGGCCCGUGCACUGGUUUAAAAAGGACGGAUUCCCUGACAAAGAGCAAAACUAAACCUGAGAGCUGCAGGAGGGCAGCCCAAAAUGAAAAGCAGGACCUUGGGAAGGAGAACCUAGGAAAGCUUGGGGAUUCAAGACCUUGUUCACCUGUUGAAACCAUUAAACUGCACAGAGGGAUGCUCAAGAGCAGUGAUAGUAAGCCCAGUGAGAACCGACCAGGGGAGGACUGCAGGAAAGUAACCCACAAGGAGAAGCAGAAGGAUGCUAAGGAGAAUACAGGAGAGCUUGAGGAUUCGCGGCCAUGUUCACCUAUGGAGGCGCCGAGGCAGCAGGUCGGGACGCUGAGGAAAAGUAAAGACAGUAAAGGAGCCGACCAAAGUCAAGAAAAGAGAGCAGUCUUCACUCUCUUUAAAAAGCUGGAGCAGGCUAUGGGGGAGAACCACGUGAAAACCCCUUCGGAGCUGGGAAAUUACUUCUGCCCUCCUAGCAAGGACAAACAGGUGGAAGCCAAGACAACAAGUCAGAACAGUUCUCCGAAGUCCCCUGGAACCAGAGAAGGGAAGCAACACCAAGAGAACGUGUACACGGAGCCAGGAGCGCCCCCUAUCAACCCAGUUCCCAAACCCCAGCGCACCUUCCAGCACCCACCCGGCACUCCCAUGGGGAAGACCCAGAGGCAAGGGAGAGGCCGGAGGAACCUCCCCCCGCUACCCUCCAUCUCCCCACAGCCUCCCACAUCCCAGGCUCCCCCCGGCAUCUACAGGAGGCCCAGGGGUGACAGAGCCCGCGACAACACCAACAGGAAAUCUUUUGAAUUUGAGGACCUCCACGAGUCUCGCAGUCAGUCCGUGAGCCUCCUCUUGUCUCGCACGCUGUCUCAGGAGCAUCACUAUGAAGACAUCCUGGACUCAUCAAAGGAAAACCCCUAUGAGGACAUCGAGGUGGACAGUCAGUGUUCCCAGCAGUCUCUGCCCUCGUCUCCUGGCGCAGACUCCACUAAGCUAUCGAGACCUGGCUUCUUCAGACAGAAUUCAGGCAGGAGUUUUAAGCUGCUGGACCUGCGGAGAGCCAACCAGCAGACCCACAGCCCCAGCAGAGGAGGCGUUUCAUCCACACCCCCGCUUAGCUCCCCCUCCACCCCCAUUGGGCCCGAACACACCGCCUGGCUGCCAGGGGAUCCCUACAGCCGAGCCUGCCACAGGAUACCAACGGUUGUACUGAGGAUCAACAGCGUCUUUGAGGCUCGGAUUGGCAAGAAACAUCUGAGGAGGGUCUAUCAUUAUGCUGAGACCAGCUCAGGAAGAGUUACAGAUGACAACAGUGACUCGGAGAGUGAAAUUGAAGAGCGAGCCAAAGCUCACCGUCAGCGCCUUGUGUCGGUCAAGUCCAUACUGAGUCAGCCAAACCAAACUCAGGUCCACUACAACGGCACCAAUGCCAGGAAGAGCUCUCUGGACAAGGGAUCGAGGCAGGAGCUCCACCAGCGCCAGCUCUUUGAAUACUUCCUGGUUGUGUCGCUGCAGAAGGCCAAGACUGGAGCCACCUACCUGCCGGAGGUCACACAGCAGUUUCCCCUCAAGCUGGAGCGGAGUUUCAAGUUCAUGAGGGAGACGGAGGAUCAGCUGAGGAUCAUUCCUCAGUUCUGCUUCCCUGAUGCCACAGACUGGGAGCCGGUAGAGAAGUACCCCAGUGAGAUGUUCUCCUUUGUUUUGACUGGCGAGGACGGGAGCAGGAGGUUUGGAUACUGCCGACGCUUACUGCCUAGUGGAAAAGGCAAACGUCUGCCAGAGGUCUACUGCAUCGUCAGUCACCUCGGCUGUUUCAACCUCUUCUCAAAGGUGCUGGAUGAGGUGGAGAGGCGGAGGGCUCUGUCUCCAGCCCUGGUCCAGCCCUUCAUACGAGCCAUCAUGGAGGCCCAGUUUCCUGCUCCGGGCAGAACUAUCACCAUCAAAACCUUCCUCCCUGGUUCAGGCACUGAAGUGAUGGAGCUUUGCCGGCCCUCUGACUCGCGCCUGGAGCACGUGGACUUUGAGUGUCUGUUCUCCUGUCUGAGCUUACGACUGCUCCUCCGGGUGUUUGGAUCUCUGCUGCUGGAGCGCAGGGUUAUCUUCACCGCCGACAAACUCAGUACCCUCUCCCAGUGCUGCCAUGCGGUGGUUGCGUUGCUCUACCCUUUUGUAUGGCAGCACACUUACAUCCCCGUGCUGCCCUCGGCCAUGCUGGACAUCGUCUGCACCCCGACCCCGUUCAUCGUUGGCCUGCUGUCCAGCUCCCUGCCCCAGCUCACUGAGCUGCCGCUGGAAGAGGUUCUGGUUGUGGAUCUUGGAAACAGUCGUUUCCUCAGACAGCUGGAUGAUGAGGACUCCAUCCUGCCCUCUAAGCUCCAGUCAGCACUGGAGAAUGUUCUGGAGAGAAGAAGAGAGCUGGCUAACGAGAGAGGAGGGGAUGUACUAAAUGACUCUGGCCACCUCAGCACCAUUGUGUCCGAGGCUUUUGUCCGUUUCUUUGUGGAGCUCGUGGGCCACUAUCCACUCUUCAUCACUGGCGAACGGGAGGACGGCUACUCCUCCUCGUCUUCCUCCCCGGUUCCCUGCUCCUUUCAGCGUGAGGGUUUCCGUAAAGCGGUUCCAUCCAAGAGUGUGCGUCGUUUCCUGGAGGUGUUCAUGGAGACCCAGAUGUUUGGCUGGUUCAUCCAAGAGCGAGAGCUUCACAGGCAGGCUCUCAGAGGCCUCUUUGAAGUGAGGGUGCAGGAGUAUCUAGAAUCUAUCCAUGACAAUGAGCACCGUAGGGUUAACAGGUUCCUCAAAGGCUUGGGGAACAGAAUGAAAUUCCUUUCCAAGAAAUGAUGUCACUGCAGUUGCACAAGAAGAGACAAGAAAAGAAAUUCUGGAGAAAGAUUCAAAGACGGAGCUCACAGGGCAAUAACAACGGAAAUAAAUAGCGACUCUAGGGACUGCAAGAAUAGGACUACAUAAUAUUGACAUUUUACGUAUUUCCCUUACUCUCUUAUCCAGAGUGACCGAC